CAAAAAGUUCCCCUGAGACGAAGUGUGGGGGCUGACAAAAAGUAAACAAAACCGCGGCCAAGCUUAUUGCUCCGGGCAACAUCACACAACACUGACACAAUACCUCUUUGUUUAUAUCGCCAAAAGGGGGGCUGCGGGCCAGUCAAUACCUUUCGGGCUCACUAGCAAACAAAUACGGCUUCUACAUGCCCCCUUUCAAUUCCGAACAACAAUUUCUGCGCUGGGUGUUGGAUCUACGGUAGGGCAACACCUCGACGGUUGACAGGCCCCAGUAUCGUGUCUACUUGCUGGACUGGAUGCGCGCUUGGCGUGUUGGAUGACUUAUAGUGGCUACCUAUCAGGCCUCGAGUCGGACCAAUUCAAAUUUACCGGCAGCCGACUGAACUUCGGCAUUUUGUGGAAUUUCUCAAGACAUACCAAUCAUAGAAGUAAAAUGCCGGCAAACUUCAAGACCUACGAGGCCCAGGCGCGCCUUUUGGCCGCAGUGAUCGCGGCUCAUCCCGAGCUCAGGCUCAACUACAAGGCAAUCGCACAGCACUAUGGCAAGUCCGCAACCAUGAGCGCCCUUGAGCAUCGCUUCCGCCCUGUUCGUAAACAGGCGGAAUGCUUGCGCCUUGCUGUCAGUAGGGGCGAUGAUCCGGAGGAGAUUGACAUCCUCGAAACCGGCGAACUUGCCAGAUACUUUGGCGAAUCUACCGCCGACGGCCUCCAGUUCCAAUUCCGUAGCAUCAAAGCUGGCGCUGAAGCCAUCAAGAACGCAGUCGACAACGGCGAAGAUCCCAUUGAAGCGUUCAACAACGUCGGCUCCGGCUCAGGAGCCAACAAAACGCCUUCAGGCCGCAAGCGUGGCCGUCCAGCCGGUACUCCAGCCUCCGGCAGAAGCCGCGCUGGAGCUGGUACUCCUGCUACCGGCAAAAGCACGAGCACUACCGCCAAGCCGCGGAGGUCAACAGCCAAGAAGGCGAAUUACGUAGAGCCGCAAACGACUACGGAUAAGGACGAGUCGGCUGCGUCUGUCGACUACGACGCCUUGGAUGACUCUCCCACCGGCCACUUGGCGAAGAAGACGCGUACGACGCCCAUCAAGACUGCUUUGCCGCCCAGACGCAUGUCUGGUGCUGCCGCGCCGCCCUCUCAGCCAGUCUUCAAGACCGAGGCCCUCGAUGAGAUCUUUGAGGUCAGCGAUAGGCUGCCUUCUCCCUCUCCGAUGCCGCCGCUGCCUUCUACUGCUACUGGUGGUAAUAACGACUUCUUCACCAACGGUAUGGCGCGAAACGAGCGCGCCGCAUCUGAGUAUCACACGCCUGCGCCAGAGUUUCCCCCCAAUGCCUCUGCACAAACAAGCCAGAGCCAGUCCCAGUCCCAGUCCCAGGGCUUCAACAUCAAGCAGGAGGCCCUCUCCUACAACAACGGCGGCAUGUCCUUCGACGGUGGAGUGACCACCAGCUUUGCUUCCGCUACCACCAGCAUCUUUGGCGGUAACAAUGGAUAUACCGCCACCACCACCGGCGGAUACCUUCACCAGCAACAGAACACCCAAGAGAGCAGCAACAACAAUAACAAUAACAACAACAACAACUCUGCUGGGUACAUCAACAUUGUUAGUGACGACGAAGAUGAUUACACGCAGUCCCAGAGUCUCUUUGGCGCUGCCGUCCGUCCCCUGGGAGGAGGAGGAGGAGGAGGAGGACACGGAAGCUCUGGAAAUUUCAGCCAGGCUUUUACUGCGACUCCGGGCAUGGGCGGCAUGGGCUUGCCGAGCACCAUGACCGGGGACGGUAGUGGUGGUGGUAAUGGUGACAUCGGUUCCUUCUACGUGGAUGAGGAUCAAUAUGAGAUCUAGAGGGAGUUGGCCUUUUUCUCUCUCUCUCUCUCUCUCUCUCUCUUCCCUGGUGCUGUCUUGCAAAGGCGGGGCACCUCACCCUCCUCACCCGAUCGAUCACCCGCAGUCGCAAACUUGAGGUGGGCAGACAUUGACGGCACAGCUACCUCCAAGGUCACUGCUUAACGACGUACUGAGAGAGAAAAACGGCGCAUCGGUGUCUCUAGAGGUAUAGGAUCCUCCCAAAAUCUGCAUUUGCCCCUUUCCUUCUUGCUUUUCUCUUUUUUUCCCCCCAUUUUCUUUUUCUUUUUCUUUUCCAUUCAACAUUCAGGUUCACAAUGAGGGAUAUAACAACUUGCUUCCAUACUCUUUACAAAGCAACAACAACACAAGAAAAAAAAAAAACAUUCAUGGCAUGGAGCGGUGCAGGAUAGUUCGUCUUGAUUCAUGAGGAACCAUGUCUACCUCUACACAGUUGUGGUACCAGGUCAGCAGCAGGGUGCCCGGAUUUCAACCACGAUUACGGCAACGAGGAGACCUACCAUCUACGGGGCCGGGUUCGACAAAGACACGCUACAUAGAUCUUGGUGGUUGAAACUUUGCGUCUCGGGGUGUAUGGUUGCUCGCGGACAUCCUCAGGGACCUGAAGAUCAAAGCUACUUUCCGGCGAAGGAUACCUACCUAGAGGUAUGUUCCUCCAGCAGUAGAUGAUGAGCACGCAAGAGAUACCGUUCUACGCAAUCAUCGCGGGCCAAGUCAACCUGCAUUGGUAUUCAAGGGCUUUAGUUGAGGACGGGAAUGCAACUAAGUCAUCCAACAUGGGGGCGGUGGUGAAUGGUGAACGGCGAAUGGCGCAUGGCGAAUGGUGCAUGAUGGGAGGGAUAUCUUUGCGAUUCCUCAAGAGAUUCAGUGUUUGUAGAGAGUCAUGUACGUACCCAGGUAAAUCUGCACUUCGAAUGGUUCGGCUUUUAGACACACUUACUCCCAAUUUGAUGUGCACAUUUGUCGCCGA